CCCACAGUCAUGCGUGUACAGAGCUGGUUAGUGAGUGAACACAAACAGACGAACGGUACCGAGCUGUUGUAAAGAAUGUGACAGCAUCUUUUUUAUUUAAGUCUCAAAACCUCGUCGCCAAAUUUUUUUUGGCAUAUUUUUUCUCACUGAUAUUGUGUUGAAGAAGUCAUGGAGCCGAUAACGAAGUGGGCGCCGAAGCAAGUUGUCGACUGGAUGAAAGGUUUGGAUGACAGCCUGCAGCAGUAUGUGAGCAACUUUGAGCGGGAGAAGAUCAGUGGGGAGCAGCUACUGAAGAUCACACAUCAAGACUUGGAGGAGCUCGGCGUGGCCAGGAUUGGACACCAGGAGCUGGUGCUGGAGGCUGUCGACCUGCUCUGUGCUCUGAACUAUGGCGUAGAGACGGACAACUUGAAGACUCUGGUUGUGAGGAUGAGAGCUGCCACCAACAGUCUCCACAUGGCCACGUCUGAUCGCAGAAAAAGCCCAGCAUAUGAAGGCAGCAUGUCUCGCAAGCCACCCAACGACUUCCUUACUUCUGUGGUGGAGCUGAUUGGAGCUGCAAAGAGCCUCCUGGCUUGGCUUGACAGGACGCCUCUUACAGGGAUCAGUGACUUCACAGCCACCAAGAACAAGAUCAUUCAGCUGUGCCUGGAGCUCACCACCACAGUUCAACAGGACUGCAGUGUUUACGAGAUGGAAGAGAAGAUCCUCGAAGUUUCGAAGAUUUUGAACAGCAUCUGUGAUCAGACCGUGAGAACCACCUCUGACCCCCUGAUGAGCCAGUCGGCCUGCUUGGAAGAAGUCCAGUUGACCAACAUCAAGCCUGGAGAGGGUUUGGGGAUGUACAUCAAGUCUACUUACGAUGGGUUACAUGUCAUCACGGGAACCACAGAGCAUUCACCUGCAGACCUGACCAGGAAAAUCCAUGCAGGUGAUGAGGUGAUCCAGGUUAACCAGCAGACAGUGGUGGGCUGGCAGCUGAAAAACCUGGUUGUCAAACUGAGGGAGGACCCCAAAGGUGUGGUUCUCCUCCUCAAGAAGAGGCCCACUGGCACAACAGGUUUCACCCCUGCCCCGCUCAAGAACAUGCGCUGGAAGCCCCCUGUACCUCAGAACAAUUCCUCCUUGAUCAGAGCCCAGUCUCCCUGCGGCUCAGCUAACGGAACAACCAAAAAAGAGAAGCCAGCUAUCCUGGACUUGUACAUCCCCCCUCCCCCUCCAGUACCAUACACCCCACGAGAGGGGAGAACAGACUCCUUCUCCAGCAUUAGUAAAAGACCAAAGGGCUCUGAGUCACCCAACUCCUUUCUGGACCAGGAGAGCAGGAGACGCUGCACCAUCGCAGAUUAUGAGAAGCUAAGCAUCGGCUGUCCCAUCACGGCCAACGUGAUACAGCCCAGAAUGAGAGAGCACAGGCCUUCGCGUGGAAAGCCCCGGCCUCUGUCCAUGCCAGCGGAUACUUGUGUUGGAGUGGUAGAUCCCUACGCCAAGCCCUGGGCACAGGGAAGGAAAGGUGAAGACCUGCUGUACAGAUACUUGAGCAAUGAGAGGAUUCCCACCAUAGCAGAGGAGGUGCCCUCAGUGUCCCCCCCCUACAGGCCUGCGGGGGAACGUCACCUGGUCAGAGUGGAUCACAUCCGGGGCAGCCGUUACUACUCCAACUCAGACCUCCACAACAGCGCUACCAUCCCUUACCAGGAGGACAUGAAGAAGGCCCCCAUAGCCCCUGUCUCCAAGCGCACGACAGCAGAACGCUCACUACUGGGACCUGACUGGCACUCUAGCAGUGACUUCCUCAACCGGUAUAAUCAGCCACAUAUACGAUCCUGGUCCUUCUCUCAAGCAGCUGCCUUCCCCAUAUCUGUCUCCCCAUCUAUGGCUGCUGAUGACUACAACCCAGUCUCCCUCCGACACAAAUCCAAGAAGAAGAGCCGAGGAGGCAAUGGUACGAUGAGCAGAAGACGAGUCUCGGUCAAAGAGCUGGGUCAGCCAGACCACCAGGGCUGGCUGUACAGGAAGAAAGAGAGCAAAGGCUUCCUGGGUAUCAAAUGGAAGAAAUAUUGGUUUGUGCUGAAGAAGACAGCUCUCUACUGGUACAGCAACAAUCUGGCAGAAAAAGCCGAGGGCUACAUUGACCUCACCAACUUCAUGAUCGAUAGAGCCAUAGAGUGCAAGAAGAAACAUGCAUUUAAAGCCUGCCACCCACAAGUCAUGAUGUUUUAUUUUGCUGCGGAAAGCCAUGAGGAGAUGAACGUAUGGCUGAAUAAGCUUGGCCUAGCUUCCAUUCAGUAUGAGCCAACAGAACAAAACCCUGCAGCCGAGUGUUAUAGUGAAGCCAGUGACCAUGAAGAGACUGAAAGCACGGAGAUUCCCCCUCCACCAUACUCUGAACAGACUCUGCGGGACUCUGUGGAUGCAUCUGCACCGCUUGGUAGCACACAUCAGGGUACCCUUCCUCCCCCUUACUCCUCCACAGUCCCCAGCGAAGUAAACGGUUCACUCUCCUCACCCGUCAGUACGAUGACAUCGCAGGGCUCCGCCUCCUCGCUCUCCAAGCACCGGCAGUCCUGGUUGGACCUGGUCUCGCAGGCGUCUCCUGCUGCUGGGGAAACAGCAGUGGUGUGCUCAGCUCAAGUACACUCACAUCAACCUCCACAAGAGGAGACAGAAGAGGAGGAGGAAGACUCCCAGGUGUUGGAGAGCUCAGCUCCCCAGGGCUCUUCAGGAACAGGGUCUAAUGAGGAAAGCCCUGCUGCAGAGGGGGAGGCACAGAGGGAUGCUUUAGGUGCUCAAGAUGAAGGGAAUCGUGGGAAGAGCUCAGAUGAGAUGGAGACGCUGUAUAAUCAUCUAAAAGAGGCCAGCCUGUCGCCGCUAGGAGAUCGUAAACCAUCCACAAAAAGGGAAUUCAGGGCGUCCUUCAUAAAACGCUGUAAAAACCAUACCCUCAAUGAUAAACUGCACCUUAUCAGGGCACUCAACAGCACAUUAAAGUCAAAAGAAGCGGACCUACAGGCAAUAGAACAGGUGCUGUGUGACCAGGAGCUUACUUCACACAAGUUCAGAGAAUGGAAGGAGGCCAAUGCGCUCUUGGUGCAGGAAAUCUGUGUCAGAAAGGACCAGCAGGUGGCAUCAGAGGCCACAAAAGCUGCAGCAUCAGUCAGUGCUGCUCCAGUAGUGGAGACCAGUUUAUAAAGACUCCUCAUGACUGUUUUUGUACUAUGUCUGGACUCUGAGGACGUCACCCUCACAUACUUUGGAUACACACACACACACACACUGAUGUUUUCAUUUGAGACUACUUUUCCAUGACAGCGGACUCUAAGUGCUAUUCAACAACUAACUGGAUCAGUGAAGAAGAGUGUUUUUAGUUCCUAAAUGGAGAUGACGCAGACAGUAUAUGAAUAGCAGGUCACAUUAAAAUGUGAAACGUGUUUUAGUAUUACUUUUACUGUUUGUUUUCAUUAUGUAAUUCUGUGAACCUAUGCAUAAAUUGUUUUAAAAUGUGGAAUGAUGGAGUACGUUGAAAUAAUAGAUCCAUUGUUCUCUGCAUGGAAAACACUCGUUUUUACAACAUGUUUUAUCUUUUUUGAUUUCAUCAGUGAUCAAAGUUUUUUAUCUGUUUUCAAUCUCUUAUUGGUGCCAUGCACCAUCACAGCCUGUUACACUUGCAUUUCACAGAACUUGUUGGAAAUGAUUUGUGCAUGUUGUUUGCCCCAGAAAUUACAUCACCACACUUAACAUUAAGACUUCCCAGACAGAAAAGCUCAAUUUCAGCAGUAGGCUGUGUGGUUUUGUGUUCUACUAAACCAAAACAAACUGUUUCAAAUGAAGAGUUCCAACCAUAAUGACAAACAACAAACAUUGACAGCAACAGAAAACUUCAUAUAUAUUUUAUUACAAAUGUGAUAAAUACUUUAUUAGUAACCAGUGUCAUUGGACUUGAGACAGGAUUUAGUACAAUCAUUUGCAUGUAAACAUAGGAUGCAUGGUAGACAAUUCUCAGGAAAAAAAUGAAAUUGGGCCAGCAAACCCAAACCCUGUACCGGUACAACAUAAGCAGAUGAGUAGGAGGUCAUACAGUUAUAUACAUCAGGCAUUAUGUGACUGUGCCCAGCCACACCUCCAGAGAGCAACAAGAAGCUCAGGUCACUAGAGGGGUCCUGACAGACCUACUGGUAGUGACCCAACCAAGCUCAAGGCACAAAGAUGCAUUUUUUUCUGAAUUCAUCUGUUGUGUGUGUUGAAUAGACUAUGCGUAAAUAGUUGUAAAUGGAUGUGUGAUGUUAAUUCUCUUUGAUCUCUUCUGGUAUGAAUGUGAGUGUGAUUGCUUGUAUAUAGGGAAAUAAAGUGUUAAAUGAUUGAA